AUGAAUAAUGAGGUGUUUUUGGUGUAUGUUGUUUUUGAUGGUGAAAUUGUAGAAGGUGAUAUUGGCUGUGUAUUUCAAGGCCGGCAAAGAGUAGGUUUGCAAUUCAAAAAAAAUAUGAAGCUAGCAGAAAUGAAAAGGAAGAUUAGUGCGAAAAUAGCUAUCCGUUGUGGAAGGGCGAUGUCCAAAUUAUUUUACAAGUUUCCAAUCUCUAUAGAUCCGUUCAAAUUUUGUGCAAUGCAUCUGUUAGAGGAUGAUGACUUGGGCACUAUGAUGGAAAUAUGGUGGUCCACUAGGAGUGUGAACCCCCAACUAGUUGAAUUAUUUGCUGAGUUAGCAGACUUAGAGCCUGUUGAGAAUGUUAGCCCAAUAAGUCAACAUUGCGAAUUUGAUUUUGAUCUUAAUGUUGGAUGGACAAGCCAAUUAGAAUGCGGUGGAACAUCGCAGAUAUCCAAAAUUCCUAAUUAUGGUGGGAGUUCGUACAACAACCCAACCCUCGGUCCCCAUCUACAAAUACAUCCGGAGGUGAUAAUAAGCACUGAGACAAAUGUCAGAGAAAUGACCAAUAAUGGUGAAGAUUCUGAUCAAGACGUUGAAGAUUUUAGUGACCCCGAUGUUGAUGAGGUUCCAGACAAUAUCGAUGAUGAAGGCCCAGAGGAGGUUGAAGAUGUUCACGGCCCUUCAUUUUGUAACCCGAGUCAUGGUAUUAUUUUACGAAAUGAACCUGGGGGUAAUAUGUUGAAUGUAGAUCCAGAUGCAGCGCAUGCAUCCGAGUUCCCUGAGUACGCUGAUAUAGUACCUGCUCAUAGAUUGGCGUCAAAUUCACAGUUCGACGAGUUGUUCGUUGGGCAACAGUUCGAGAUCAAGGCAGAUUGUGUGUUUGCCAUCAAACAAUACAGCAUGAAGUUGUCGAUUGAUUACAAGGUUGCCAAAUUUACACCGACAUUAUACGUUGGGGAAUGUUGGAGAGCCGACGAUGGGUGUGGUUGGCGAGUUCGUGCUACAUUUAUACAGAGGACUCAACAGUGGCAAAUACGAAAAUUAAAAGGGUGUCAUACCUGUACUGUCGCAUGCAUGUCUCAAGACCACCGAAAAUUAGAUGCCAAAAGUAUUAGCAACUGCAUCAUGCCACUAGUGAAAGAUAGCCCAAUCAUUCCUGUGUCGACAUUGAUUGCAGACAUGCAAGAUCGAUUUCAAUACAGAGUGUCAUACAGGAAAGCGUGGGGGGCAAAACAAAUGGCCAUGCAACAAUUGUACGGCGACUAG